CUCGAAUUCCUACUUUUCUCUUCCGACGCACGUCAGUUAGUUCAAAACGUGUUGUCCCUGCUAUCAUUGCCUCAGCGAGUGUCACCACAGCUACCAGGCCAGGCAUAUCACCAUCAAUUCGGUUUCCACCCAUUCCACAUCGCCGAAUCGCAAAGAUGUCCAUGGAAUCAACCCAGUCCAAAGCUUGCUGCAAUCUGCCAGCUAUUGUCGGCAAGGGGUACCAAGAAAAGGGUGAAUAUAUCACUGCGGAUGGCUUGAAGACUUACUUCACCGGCUCCAAAGACGCCAAACGAGGCAUCCUCGUCAUCUACGACAUCUUCGGCUUCUUCCCCCAGACGCUCCAGGGCGCCGACAUCCUCGCCCAUUCCGACAAGGAGCGGCCCUACCAAGUCUUCAUGCCCGACUUCUUCGAGGGCGAGCCCGCAGACAUCUCCUGGUACCCGCCCGACAACAAGGACAAGGAGCACAAGCUGGGUGCUUUCUUCAAGACCAAGGCUGCGCCGCCGAGGACGCUGGAGAAGAUCCCCAAGAUUGUGAAGGAAUUGAGCGAGAAGCAUGGGGUGGAGACGUGGGCCAUUUUGGGGUACUGCUGGGGUGGAAAGAUCGUCAACCUCUCCUCCAUGCAAGGAACCCCAUUCAAAGCGGCCGCAGCCUGCCACCCCGCCAUGGUCGCCGCUGCUGAUGCCCCCGGAGUCACCAUCCCCUACAUCAUGCUUCCCUCCAAGGACGAGUCCAAAGACGAAGUCGCCGCCUGGGAGAAGGGCCUCAAAGUUCCCCACCAGGUAGAAUGGUUCCCAGACCAGAUCCACGGUUGGAUGGCUGCCAGGGGUGACCUGGAGGAUGACAAGGUCAGGAAGGGGUACGAGCGUGGAUACAAGCUGGUGCUGGAUUUCUUCCACAAGCACAUGGACUCUGCCUCUAAACUCUAACACACAAGUACACCUUAGUGUUAAUUGUACUAGUGGAGCUAUGUAGCAAUGGACUGCCAACGCCAAUGCAGAAUAGCCGAGAAACCCCAACAAUACUAACUGACCAUCCCCUGCACUUCAAUGCCGUGUACUUGAGUAGAGGAGGAAUCACGAGUCAGAAUCUGUGUAUGGUAAAACGGGUGAGUAAUACACUACCAUUGAGACAAGUACGAGGCUAUAUACAGGAAAGGGUAUCUCAUGCGGCAAAGUGCGCAGAAAACAUAACUCGUCAUACUGACUGGCGGAC